AUGCGAUACCAUCGUUUCCAAACCGCCCGCGUGCUAGUCAGUCCAAAUUGCAGUGUAUCUCCGCAGCUCGGCCUAGAAGUAAAGCGUACAAACGACAUAUUCAGAAACAAGAACGACUAUUCCUCAUCGUCAUUCAAUCACGCUGAUCGUCUAUACCCAACUUAUCGGAGAGCCAACAAUCCUCCACUCCCUACCCUGGCUCCUACACCCAGCUCCUCCUUCCAUUCGCUCCAUCCUCUCCUUUUAAUACGCGUUGCUGGCGGUAUCUCACCGCUGGUCGACUACAUUGCAGCAGCCAACUCCCUCACCUCCGCAUCCUUAUCACACCAUACCACAUUCGUUGUCCUCUUGACACAGCAAAGACAGGAAAAGGCCGAUCAGAUCGAAAUCGAAGAGCAGGUCCACCACGAGCACGUCGAAGAGAUUUCGGCUGAACUCGAAGCACUACUCCACACGGAUCCCCUCAAAGGCUUGUCUGAUGAUGAGAUUGCUAACCGUCGCGAAACCUUUGGACGCAACGAGUUGAUUGAAAAGAAACGGCACCCACUGCUUAAGUUCCUAAGUUACUUUACAGGCGCCAUUGCCUAUUUAAUUGAAAUUGCUGUCAUUUGUGCGGCUGUCGUCGGUGACUGGCCAGACUUCGGUAUUAUUCUGGCCCUCUUGUUCAUCAAUGCUACCAUCGGGUUCGUGGAGGAGUCCAAGGCCGAGUCUGCCUUGGAUGCCCUCAAGCAGACCCUAGCCCUGAAGACCCGCUGCUGGCGUAACGGUCAUCUGGUCGAGCUCGAUACCUCUGAUCUCGUCCCUGGCGAUGUGAUUGUCCUUCGACUUGGCGAUAUCAUCCCAGCUGAUGGUCGUCUUCUCGGGUUCGGCGCCACUGGUGAGGCCAUCGAGGGUGAUCUCCAGGUCGAUCAAUCUGCCCUUACUGGUGAAUCUCUACCUUUGUCCAAGAACAAGGGUGCCACCGUUUACUCAUCCUCGAUCGUUAAGCAGGGCCAGCAGAUGGCUGUUGUUACCAAGACUGGCGGUAAUACAUUCAUCGGCCGCGCCGCUGGACUUAUGGCCGUCGCCACUGAAGAAGGCCACUUCCAAAAGAUCAUCAACCGCAUCGGCAACUUUUUGAUCUUAAUCACAGUGGUCCUGGUCGUUAUCAUCCUGAUUUAUUUACUGCUCGAGGCCAUCAUGUAUCUGCACAUUUCGUCCGCACCUCACUUUGUGAUUUUCUCGACGCGUCUGUCCGGUUACUUUUGGGAAAACAUGCCCUCGCCUAUCUUCUUUAUCGCCGUCAUGGGUACCCAGGUCUUUGCGAUGUUGAUCUGCAUCUAUGGUGUGAUCGUCGGCGAGGCGAUCGGCUGGGUCUGGGGUGUAGCUGUCAUCGGCAUCUCCCUAGUCUACUUUAUCUUUCUUGACUUUGUCAAGGUCUUUAUCUUUAAGCGAUGGAACUUUGAGCUCACCACCCAGGCCUGGCCCACCAAGGCCCGCAAGGAGAAGCUUGCCGCUCGCAAGGUUCGUGCAACCCAGCAGCACCGCGUCUGGUUCUCCGUUGACCAGGUUCGCCAGAUCGGCCUCAAGCUGAAGGUUCUCGAGGCACUGAAGGCGUAA